ACUGCAUUGAAUUAGAUUUAAAGAAUGCUAAAGAUUAUGUUGAAGCUAUUAAAACAUUUUUAAGCUUGCCAGAAGUAAUCAAAUAUCUAAGAAAUUAUAUUAUUCCACUUCCAGCAGAUUUUCCUGGACAAUUAUUCAUAUGA